AGGUUCGUGUGUUCAUCGUUCUUCGGAUCUUCGGAUUAUCUUCGGAUGCUGUUUUCAUUUUCUUAUCUAUCCUUAUCAGUUGGCUGAACCGCUUUACCGCUUUAAAAUUUUCAUUUUCCAAUUUUAAAUCAAAUUAUUAAUCCACCUUCUGCUUCAAUUUAAAAAGAAAAGUUCCUUAAAAUAUGAAUGUACAAUGAAUAGAGCAAACGUGUAAACUGAUAGCUUCGCGACAAACAAAACCAGUUUGAAAAGUCUCUAAUCGACAAUUCGACAUCAAACUCUAUUGAUUGGUGGCCUUGCCAGAGUUGAUGUGCUGGAUUGCGAUCAUAAUUUCCCAGAAUUAUAGUUUACGCAUCGCGAUUCCUACCAAUCAUUUUUUGCGAAACGAAAUAUGCCGAAGACGUUUACAAUAUUUUAUUGGGUACAUCGUACAUGGCAGUACCAAUACGUUCAUCGGUUCGGUGAAAGAAAUUACCAGAGUUGAAAUAUCUCCCAGAUUUCGCCAUCGAAAGAAAAGGCAACGCUUUAGUUAGUUCUGAAAUCGUAUUGUCCACCCUUGGUUGGAUUGGCAUUUCGUUACCGGUGAAUAAAAAUACAACCAUUCGUCCAUGGACUCCGUUGGCCAAAGGUAUUCAUUUGAGAACGGUUCCUGUAUUACCACUUCCUUAGGUACUGCUAAACUGCGUAAAAAAAAGAAUUUAAUACACCUAUACGUAUUACAUGGGAUCUAUUUAGCCUGCUUUAGAUUAAUGACUUGACAGUGAUCGCACAAACACAGAGCUCCGUUCAAGUAGGUUGGGGGAGUAUUACCUCGUAUCCACACAGACGCCCUGAAGUUCCAGGCAUCGAUCAAGAUCAAUGGCACGUGGCAAAAUAAAACAUGGAUUAAUUACCAGGACUAAAGAUUUGAAAAUUUGCAACCUCAAACGACAUAUUAUACGGUCACCGUUUACGUGCGAAAUGACGACAUGGCCCAGAAAGUAUACUCACCGGCGUAGUAUUACAAAGUUACCACAGAAGAAGGAAAACCUAGUCCGCCCGUUAAUGUGGCUGUCACUGUACGAAAUACAUUUCUGAUAGAGGUCUCUUGGCAACCUCCUGUAUCGCCUGAUGGUCAAUUGCAAGGCUACACUGUUAUUCUUAACGCCUCCAUAUCCACCCUUUUCGCUUUUCGUUCACCACAGUCGAAGAAAUAUCUCAUUACAUUAUACUACGAAUUUGAAAACCAAAGAAGUUACACGAUUACAUUACCAAUUUAUCUCCCGGAGUCGAGUAUUACUUCGAAGUGAGCAUCGUUGAGAAUGGCGUAUCAGAAACUCCGGCCAGAGUAGCUACUACAACCGAUGGGCGAUGGUUUACCACUUCCUGCUGUGACCAAUGUUAAAGCUUCUUUGUCAAAGAAUGUGGUGAAACUUACCUGGGAUGCGCCUAAGAAUAAAAGGAAAUGCCCUGGACCUAUGGUAUCUACGUAUUAUGGUGUUAUAAUGACUGACGUUUUCUUGGGAACUAGUUUCAACGUCUAUAAUGGUAUGGCAUCCUGCACAUCUUAUACAUUCUCAGUCGGUGUCAUUUUACAACAUACGUAGUACCGGUCCACUGUCGAGUAAAUUCGUCUCCAUACUUACCUACUCCUUCGAAUCCGGAAGCGGCUCCGCAUAAUUUAAUACGAAACAAAUCUCGCCAUAACUUGGACAUCUUCUUGUCCGAAAAUGACUCAAGCUGUGGGUUACGUUCUGAAAAUUGUUGAAGUGAGGACCAACACCAUGUCUCAAAUCACCAUUCCUGAAACUAAUCAGACGUCUUUGAAGGCUCCGUUUACGGGUCUCUACGGUGCCAAGUAUAAGUUCACGUUGUCAACCACAGUGAUCGUUUGGCCAGAAAAUGACGUUUAUACUCGUAGUUUAUGGGAUUUCAAAAAUGGCAUGUCGUCGUUACCUCCCAAGAAAUACAAAUUCGAAGUUUUGAUCAGCCAAAGCGAUCAUAUUAAUCUAAGUGACGCAAAAACGAUACAUUGCAUAACAUCAAAACCGCUCUAGGCUCUAUUUUGUACGUGAUCUUAAAAUGGGACCUACUUAUACGUACCUACUUUCGCCGUGCGAAUACUUUCCGACAGAGGAGACUACUCCGAUUUGUCCGAAGAAUAUACUGUAACGAACAUAUUUAAUCAACAACGAGCCAUUCGAACAAGAAAAAAAAGAAGAAAGUGGUAGCAGUUGCACGUGGCUGUUUAUAUUGCUAUUGGUAGUUGUCGGAGGAGGUGUAGCGUUCGCGUAUUGGAAAAAUAAACGAUCUCGUAUUAAUUUCAAAAAUUUAGCCGAUAGUCACUAUAACACGAGGUCUGGAUCGACUACGUUUACCGGUGUUAAUGGUUUAGAUUUAGAAGACUGUCCGGAUAUACGAGAACAUUUCUCGGACGAUAAACCAUUAGUUAUAGCUUAAAAGUAUUUAUUAUUACGGUUUUAUCUAUUUUACUUUUUUUUUUUUGCGUUUAUACGAACCAAAUUUUCAUUUUCUGGCUUACGAUCUGCCCGGAUUUUUUGUUUUCAUCGAUUGAUUGACUUAUUUAUUUCAGUUUUUAUUUCUCGUACCUAUAUUAUAGAAAGUAUUUGUGUUAUAUGUACUUACUCGUAGUGUUUUUAUCUGUUUUUAUUUUCCCUUGUAUCGUAGUUUUUUUUCUUUCCUUUUUUAAAAAACUGUUCUUGUGUAACUUGUGUGAUAUUUAUAAAUAUGUAGUGUUGAAUACGCGAAAGAUUUUCCUACCUAGUACCUACCUAUUUAUUUUAUUAAUGUUUCAGCUUGUCAUUUGUCAUUUCAUCGAUCUAAAAAAUAUUAUUUUAUUGUCGGAUGUAUUGAAAUAUUAAAAAAUUUUCUUCACGA